CCGCACACUGUAUGCUAAGGCCGCUCGAAAACCGCUCGAAUGGUUUGGCGGAGAGGAUUAAAGCGAAACAAAAAUAACAUCUUUUGAUGGCUUAUAUUUACCCAAGCUAGCCUCGAGCUACAUAGGUGGACCGUUAAAGGUCCGUAGUUUUUGGAGAAGAUGAAAUAGCAACGCUGUAAACGAAUUCUCGUGGAUAUUUUAGUGUUUUUUCUGUGGACGUCUGUUUGUUGGUCUACACGAUUUUAACAAGCUAGCGCUAGCCUCGACUCGAAUGAGCUGCGAUGGUCGUCGCAAAUUUAUGCGGAUGUCUCCGGAGCAGUGUAUAGUGAACCGACGGCGACAAAUGGGACCAUCCAGCAUCGGCGGAAAACACCACGGCGUAGACUAAACGUUAAAGAUUCAGUAACUGGUUGAAAUUGUGGGAAUCAGACAGAGAAUUCGUGGAUUCUGCAGCAGCAGGUGUAUUUUCUAUUUGGAUUUUAGCCCACUGACAUUCUCCUACAGCCAUGGAAUCGACGGUUGAUGACGAUGCAAUGGCAGCGUGAAUGAAGCUUGGCGUGGGGAGAGCUGAACGAUGCCCAAAGGUGGGGGUUCUAAAACCCCCCAGCUGGACCACUUCCCACUCAACACCGACAUGGUGGAAAAGCAAGGUGGGAAAAAGGAUAAGGUGUUAUCAAACAAGACUCCCAAAUUGGAUCGCAAUGAUGGGGUCAAAGAGAUGAAAGAAAAGGCCUCUAAAAGGAAGCUGCCCUUCACUGCUGGAGCAAAUGGAGACCAGAAAGAUUCUGACUCAGAGAAACCAGGUCCAGAGCGGAAACGCAUUAAAAAAGAGCCCACCAACACCCGGAAGGCAAGCUUGCCGUUUGGAAUGGGGAUGCCAGGGAUCCGGGCCGGGUACCCCCUCUCCGAGCGGCAGCAGGUGGCCUUGCUCAUGCAAAUGACAGCUGAGGAGUCCGUCAACAGUCCAGAUACAACACCAAAGCAUCAGUCACAGUCCAGUCUGGGUCAGAAGGGAACGCCAAACUCUGCAUCUAAAACCAAAGACAAAGUGAAUAAACGGAAUGAGAGAGGAGAGACUCGACUGCACAGAGCAGCAAUCCGUGGAGAGGUACGCCGCAUCAAGGAGCUCAUCAGCGAGGGAGCUGAUGUGAAUGUAAAAGACUUUGCAGGCUGGACUGCAUUGCAUGAAGCAUGCAACAGGGGGUAUUAUGAUGUGGCGAAACAGCUGCUGGCAGCCGGAGCAGAGGUCAACACCAAGGGGCUGGAUGAUGACACCCCUCUACAUGAUGCAUCGAAUAAUGGACAUUUCAAGGUGGUUAAGCUACUUUUACGGUAUGGAGGGGACCCGCGUCAAAGCAACAGGAGAGGGGAAACCCCACUGAAGGUUGCCAACUCUCCAACUAUGCUCAAUCUGUUGCUGGGGAAAGGCACUUACACCUCAAGUGAAGAAAGUUCAUCAGAAUCUUCAGAGGAGGAAGACGCCCCCUCGUUUGCCCCGUCCAGCUCUGUUGAUGGCAAUAACACAGACUCAGAUGUUGAGAAGGGCCCGAAGUUAAAAGGGAAAACCGCAGACCCUCCUAAAUCUGCCGUCACACCUGUCAAAGAUGAAUACGAAUUUGAUGAGGAUGACGAGGAGGAACGCGUCCCUCCCGUAGACGAUAAACACCUCUUGAAAAAAGACUUCCGCAAGGACUCAGUAAGCAAGACCAACAGCUUCAUCUCUAUACCCAAGAUGGAGGUUAAAACCUAUUCCAAAAGCAACUCGCUCACACCAAAGAAACCUGGCAGGCGGAUCAUCUCUGACAGUAAUAGUUCAGACGAGGAUGAUAGGACGUUGUGUUUCACGCCAGCGCCUACGCCACGGCAACAAGCCCAGCAAACAAAUACUAAGACUAGAGACUCUGGCAGCAUGAGCUCUAAACAACAAAAAGACAAGAAUAAAGUCAAGAAGAAGCGAAAGAAGGACAGUAAAAAUAGUGUCAGUAAAGAAGUCCGGUUUGGUAAAGUCAACGACAAAUUCUGUACGUCUGACUCCGAUUGUGCGGAUUUGGAGAGUGAGGACGAUAAGGGCUCAAAUAGCAUAAAAGACUCUUCUGCAGCAAACCUGAAAGACUCUCCAGGCUUUAAUGCUUCCUCCUCCUCCUCCUCCUCCCAUGGAAACUUGAACUCUCAGAAACAGACGCCGUCUUUAGCAGAACAGCAUCCAAAGCAGUGGAGGACGGAUAACUGGAAGACCGUGUCGUCUCCCACAUGGUCAGACGUCAGUUCGCUCUCAGAUUCGGUCAGAACUAGACUGUCCAGUGGGUCUGACUACUCCUCUGAAGCUGAAGAUUCCUGCGUGGAGUCGAUAAAACAAGUAAAGAGGAAAGCGCAGGAAAACAAAAAGAAGAAUAACAACGUGCACAGUAACACUGUGGAAAAGAAAAACUCAGAGCUCUACAAAAAUACAGAGAGCACCAUCUCCAAAACUGACGUGGAUGGCAAAGUGGUGAAAAAGCAUAAAGUGAAGCACAAGCACAAAAAUAAGGAGAAGGACAAAGCUCCUAGUCUAGUGCUUAAUCAAGAUAUGAAUGAGAAAUUUGUUAAGAGCUAUUCUUUUGAUUUUGAUGAUUCGAGGCAAAAGUCCCUAAUUGUUGAGUCAGAAUCACCAGCUGAGAGCAAAGUCAAAUUAUCCAAACAUGAAAAAGACCAUUCAAAAAAGGAGGACAGGUUUUCGAAAACAAAGUCUGAGGAUAAGGAUUGGUCCUCGGGAAAAGACCUGCACAGAACAACAAAAGAGGAGAAAAACAAGAAAACAAAGGACUCCACCAAGGACAAGUUAAAUAAGGAGGAGAGGGAAAAGCCUAUAAAAUCUGACAAGGAGAGGAACGUCAAAGAGAAGGAGAAACCCAAGGAAGAUAAACAAAAAGCUCACAAAGAGGAGAAAAAGAAAAAGUCUAAGGAGAAGUCCUCCUCAAAGACAGACAGGAAAAGUGAGCAGAAAGAGGAAAAACAUCUGAAGGCGGAAAAGGACAAAAAUGCCAAGGAGGAUAAGGAGAAGUGUAAAAAAGACAAAGUACAGAAAGAGGAGUCUGAGUACGAAAGCUAUGACGUUAAUCGUUUCCUCAACUUGGAGGACACAAAACUCAGUGCCUCCGAUGACCAUCAUGACAGAUGGGGCUCUGAGAUGUCCUCUGACUCCUCCCUCUAUGGCGACGACAGCUGGGAUGCUCCUGUCAAAGAGUACAAGGACUACAAAGCCAAUAAUUCUGUUAAACUUAUUGUUGAGACUGUUAAGGAGGAGACGAGGAGGAAAGAAAACAAAGUCAAGGACAAGAAAUCAGACCACAAUGAGAAGAGAUCAGAAAAGGAGGCUACUUCUAAGAAAAAAGACAAGGACCCUUCGGAAAAGACAAACGAAAAGAAGAAAGACUGGUCAGAAAAACAAAAAUUAAACUCCAGCCACUCAGUUGAGAAAGAAAAGAAGAGGAAAGAGUCCACAGAGGCAGCCAAGGACAAAAAAGACAAGGAUUCUCUGGACAGCAGUCGAGACCGUAAAGACUCGUAUGAGUUCAUGAAAGAAAGAAAGGAUAUCAAAAUCAAGCAGGAAUCGAUAAGAGAUGAAUAUGGCAAUGAUACUUUCUUCAAAGACAUUGAUCCUGUCAGUAAAUCGUGUGAUAUCAGAGAAAGGAACCACUCUGGGAAGGAGAAAGAAAAGAAGGGUGAGGGAAUGGAGAAACGGGAAAAGACAAAAGCUGACAAGCACAAAGAGAAAACAAAAGACAGAGGAGCUGAUCAGGAGAAGGACAAGAGUGAUAAAAGCUCCACAGAAAAAACUGUCAAGGAUAAAGAUGCUGACCGGAGUACCAAAGACAAGAAGGAGGGGGCCAAAGACAAACAUAAAGACUCUCAUGGCAAAGACAAAGAUCGAAAGAUGUCUUCAGAACAGACAAAGGAAAAGAAAGAGAAGGCCUCUCAAGACAAACAUUCAGAUCGGGAGAAAGAUUUCUUGGAGGUAAAGAAAGAGGAAAGAAAAACUGAGAAGAUCCGGGAGAAAACGUGGUACAAAAUAGCCGACAUAUUCACUGAUGAAAGCGAUGAUGACGACGACAGCUACAGCGGUGGGGUACUGGUGUCUGAUUCCAUCAGAAAAGAUUCGACACCCGAUCAAGAUGAGCUGGAUCACUUCCCUUCAGAAAAAAGAAAAUCUUCUGCAGAUAGUAAACAUAACACAGAAAAGGCAAAAGACAAAGAGCACAAAGAUAAGAAGAAGGAUAAGGCCACAUUUGACACAGGUAAAGAGAGGAAAGGCUCCCAGGAGAAACACGGCAAGGACAGGAAAGACCCGGUAGAUACAAAACAUAAGGAGAGGAAAGACAGGAUGUCAGUGGACUCAAACCAAGAGAAGAAAAACAAGCAGAAGCUUCUGGACAAAAGGGACACGAGCGAGGAAAAAACCAAGAGCAAAUAUAAAGACAAGCAGGACCAUUCCAAGGAAAGAAAGCCCUCGAAAGGAAGCGGGGAGAAUGAGAAGUCUCUCUUAGAAAAACUGGAGGAGGAGGCUAUGAAUGACUACAAGGAUGACUCCAAUGACAAGAACAGUGAAAUCUCCUCCGACAGUUUCACUGACAGAGGUCACGAUCCGGUCCUCACCAGUUACUAUGACUCAAUCAGCCUGCCUGAUAUGGCCGAGGACAGAAGAGACUCCCUGUCCAUAUCUACGCCACAAGACAAGUUCAGAGAGAAAGAGAGGCAUCGGCACUCCUCUUCGUCCUCAUCCAAGAAAAGCCAUGACAAGGAGAAGGAAAAGACAAAAAAAGACAAAGGAGACAAACGUGACAAAACAGAAGAAAUUAGAGAGUCCUACGGCCGCAGAGAGAGCCUGCCUUUUGAGAAAGAGCCUAUGCCUCUAGAGGCAGACCCUUACACAUUCCCAUACGGAGGUAAGGGAGACGGAGAGGACGACUUCGAUAAGACAUUAGAAUUUGAGAAGGAGAUGUCCAAAAAGGACAAAGACAAAGGAACUGGUGUCAUAAGUGACAGAAUGAAAGACAAAAAGAAAAAGGAAAAGCAUAAAGAAAAAAUUAAGGAAGAGAAGAAUAAAUAUAUCGAUGGCUUUGGGUCAUUUAAACACUCCAAAGAUGACGCAAAGUCAGGGUUGAAAGACAGCCCACAGGUCACUGUUCUGAAGGACCGGUCAAAGGAAGACAGUCCUAAAUUUGAUAUGAAAAAAGACAGAAAUCGGGAUACGCUAGACAAAGACAACAGACUGGACCACAAUAAAUCUAAGGCUAAGGAUGAAAAUGAAAAGCUCUCUCAGCCCAAAGACAAUGCAAGGAAAGAUAAUCGACCACGUGAAAAACUGUUGGUUGAUGGGGAUUCUCAGAUGACAAGUUUUGGUCAGAUGUUGAGUCAGAAAGACCAAGAGAAUGAAGAGCGGCUCAAGAAAUACAGAGAAAAAAUGAAGCAGAUGGAGAAGCUUAGACCCAAGUCUGGCGACCCAAAACUAAAAGACAAAACCAAGUCUACAGAGGAAAUACGGAAAAGCCGCAGUGAGCUAUCAUCCAAGAAAUCUAACAGCCUUGAGUCUGGUCUUAAAGAGAAGAAGCUGAAGGAUGUUGGUCUCCCGGCCCAAAUGAUGUCUCCAGGCAGAAAGUUCCAGCCUACUGAUAAUCAGAACUCAAAGGAUUGGCUCCCUGGCCACCAAAUCAAGGACAACCUCCCUGCUUCUCCCAGGCCAGAUCAAAGCAGGCCAACUGGUGUUCCCACACCUACACCUGUCAUGUCAUGCCCCAGCUUCGAGGACGUAAUGCAAACUCCACGUACACCAUCCUGUAGUGCAGAGGAUUACCCUGACAUUAUGCUGGAUCCGCUGGACUGUCAGAACUCGUCUGCAAUGACUAUGUCAAUGAAUGCCUGCUCCCCAUCCUUCUUUGAAAGCAGGUACUCUAACCCCCAGACUUUUCCGGAGGGCACAUGUCCUACCCCUGCGAAGAACCUCCAGCUCCCCCUUGUCAGUCGUUCUGCAUCCUCUGAUGUCCGCCGCCCUCUAGAAGAUGAGUUCAAGGCAGAGGCAAACAAGUUUCUUCGACAGCAGAAUGAUCCAGGGGCGGAAUUUGAUCAGACGUCUGCCUGUCAGCCUCUCGAGGACAAAUCUGCAACUCUGGAUAGAUUGGAGUUGAUGUCUACGUAUUUUCCUCCAAUAAGGGUACCAUCACCUCGGCGAGAGCCAUCCUAUCAAACACCAGAUGCAGCAACACCAACUCUUGCUGGCAACGACGGUAAUGAACACCUUCCUGAAAGUGUGUACAACAAUUUCUUGCCCAAACCGUCGACACCAGUUCACAGGCCAGACCCCCAGGAGCCAUGCUUUGACAUUGCAGCACCACCAACUCCAGCUCCAGCUGCCUUGCCACCCUUGGAUAUCGACGAUAUCACGGAGCACCACCACAGCGAGCCUAAUCUGGUCGUCUCAAAUCUUCCAUCUGUCACAGAAGAACAAGAAGAGGAAGAAGAAGAGGAGGAGGAGGAAGAGGAGGAGGAAGAGGGCGACAUGGAUGAGAGACUUGAUGGAGAGCACUGUGCAGUGGAUGAGCCGGACCAAACAAGGGAGCCAUGCUCGUUUUCUCCUCAAGUUGAGGAUCCUUUGCAGAAGAGCUGGCCUGCAGAGUCUCCAGACCAGCAUGAGCCAGAAGUCCACCAACUGUCCCCCACACAUCCUGCAGCUGACCACGGAGAGAACUGUUUCGAUCACAACAUGGGUUGGAACAAUGACAUGGAUAUGAAAUCUCCCCACAGGACAUAUGGAGAAAUAGAGGCUGCUGUCUCCAAAAUAACCAGCCCUUACUCCCAUUCUGAUAAUGACAUGCAGCCCUUGUCUGGACACCCCUCUGUCACUUCCCCUUAUGCUACCUGGAGCAGGUGGCACAAAGAUGACCCAGAGGACUUUGAUGAGCAGAAGGAGGCUGUGGCUGAUAUACCCUCUCCAGAGAGGCCAGACACUGCUAUGGAUGAGGACCCCAACUAUUUAAACAACUCUUCUUCCUCCAAUAGGCUGGAGUCCUUCUUUCCAGACUGCAACAAGCCGAGCAUCGAAGAGGGACACCAGGUGGAGACAGAGACAACAUGUGUGGAACCAGACAGCAGACAGAGCACACACAGUUUCAGUGCUGCCGCUGAAACUCACAUGGCUCCAGCUGUGGGCCCUGAGCCUGUGGUUCCCUGGGAAGAUCCAUUUUCAGCUGAUGAAGACGACCUGGGACCUUUCUCCUUGCCUGACCUUCCACUGCCAGACAAGUCAGAAGAAGCUGAGUCUGGGGAACCUGAACUUGCUGAUCACAACAAGAGUGUGUCGACCCACAUUAGACACACUAUUACAGACAGAGAGGAUCUGGACAUUAUGGAAGUAGACCUGCCAACCCUAGCAAAGACCUCACGCUCUGCUGGAGACUUAGGCUUAGGGGAAUCUGCUAGACAGGACUUUGUUGUGCCAUCACCACAUGCCCCUUUCCAGCAGGAAUUGGACCCCGAGCCUCAAAGUGUGCCUGUCAACAGCUCAGUGGGACUUAACCAACAACAGAGCAGCAUUUUGGAAAGGAAACUACCUUAUGGGGGAUCGGAUGAGUCUGAUCCCAGCAUGUUGUAUACAUCUGUAAAAUCAGAUGCCAGUCAGCAACCACAUAUACAGAUGCAUUCGCACUCUGAGUCAUUGCAUAUAACCCUGGACUCUGUGCCUGCUGUCAAGCCGGACACGAGACAGGAGGAGAUGCCUGAGGCUGUACCAGAGCCUGUGUCCUGCAGUCCUCUUCCUCAGAUCCCAGAAGUGGUCACCCUCUCCACCUCCGUGGAGCCACAGGACACUCAGGACGCAUCCAAGCAAACAUUGGUGACCUUGACCACAGUGUCCGCCCCUGUAGAUGUUCCCAAGAAGGUGGAUGAAAUCCCGCAAAGGAUGACCCGAAAUCGCGCCAAGAACAAUCCAGCUGCUGCUUUUGCCGUUGCCACCCCUCCUACCUCUAGCAUAAUAACCUCAUCUACCGCUGCCACCUCAGUGACAACCAGUCCGGUGGUGAGCAUUAACCCAGUUCCUACUAGAACCCCAACACCCACCUCAGCAUCUUCCUUUACAGCUCUGAAAAAAGAGAAAGACUCUGGGCUUAGUGUCCCGUCUACUGCUUCUAAUUUGACCCCAGCAGUAUCUGUGACGACUUCUACGGUGGUUCUCAGCAAGACAACAAAAGGUCGUCCUCUUCCUGUCGACGAAGAGGAAUCUCAAACCCAGCACCCACGGAAGAGGAAGUUUCCACGUUCUACAGGGCAGCAAGUCCAGGUUCAGCUGGUAAAUACAGCCAUGCAGCAGACCAGGGAGAUGAUACAGCAGACUUUAGCUGUAGUGGUCAAUGCCAUCAAGCUAGACGACAUUGAACCCUACCGCAGCGAACGUUCCAACCCGUACUUUGACUAUCUGCAGAUUAGGAAGAAGAUUGAGGAAAAGAGGAAGAUUCUCUGCUACAUCACGCCUCAGGCUCCACAGUGUUAUGCUGAAUAUGUAACCUACACUGGCUCCUACCUGCUUGAUGGCAAGCCUCUCAGCAAGUUGCACAUCCCUGUGAUUGCUCCACCUCCAUCACUGUCAGAACCUCUGAAGGAGCUCUUUAGGCAACAAGAGGCAGUAAGGGGCAAGCUUAGGUUGCAACACAGCAUAGAACGGGAGAAGCUGAUUGUUUCAUGUGAACAGGAGGUUUUAAGGGUCCACUGCAGGGCAGCCAGGACAAUAGCCAAUCAGGCUGUGCCGUUCAGCGCCUGCACCAUGCUGUUGGACUCUGAAGUGUACAAUAUGCCAUCGGAGAGCCAGGGUGAUGAGAACAAAUCUGUGAGAGAUCGCUUCAAUGCGCGGCAGUUCAUUUCCUGGAUCCAGGACGUGGAUGAUAAAUACGACCGCAUGAAGACGUGUUUGUUGAUGCGACAGCAGCACGAGGCAGCAGCUCUCAAUGCGGUGCAAAGAAUGGAGUGGCAGCUGAAAGUCCAAGAACUGGACCCAGCGGGGCACAAAUCCCUGUGCGUCAACGAAGUGCCGUCCUUCUACGUGCCAAUGGUCGAUGUCAACGACGACUUUGUCCUGCUGCCCGCGUGACAUACCGCUUCCCACAGAGAGAAAACUUAGUCUCGAUCACUUCUUAUCAAGGAGACUUCGUUGAACCGAACGAAUGGAAAGGGCUAGCAAGUUUGAGAGAGGACCAUAGAGGGGGAAAAAAUUUAUUCUCUAGAAAAAGAAUAAAAAUGAAAAACU